CCAUGGACCUGCUGUUUGGGCGGCGGAAGACGCCGGAGGAGCUGCUGCGGCAGAACCAGCGGGCAUUGGCUCGUGCCAUGCGGGAACUCGACCGCGAGCGGCAGAAGCUGGAGGCGCAGGAGAAGAAGAUCAUCGUCGACAUCAAGAAGAUGGCCAAGCAGGGCCAGAUGGAUGCGGUGAAGAUCAUGGCAAAGGACCUGGUGCGGACGCGGCGCUACGUGAAGAAGUUCAUCACCAUGAGGGCCAACGUCCAGGCCGUGUCCCUCAAGAUCCAGACCCUCAAGUCUAACAACUCCAUGGCUCAGGCCAUGAAGGGCGUCACCAAGGCCAUGGCCACCAUGAACCGACAGCUGAAGCUGCCCCAGAUCCAGAAGAUCAUGAUGGAGUUCGAGAAGCAGGCGGAGAUCAUGGACAUGAAAGAGGAGCUGAUGAACGACGCCAUUGAUGAUGCCAUGGGGGACGAGGACGAUGAGGAGGAGAGGUCGGGGGCGGAGUGGGACACGGAGGAGAGGGGGGACGGGGUUGUGGUGGCAUGGGCACAAAAAUCAAAAAUAGAUAUAUUUAAAUCGCAGGCUCCGGAGGCGGCUGGUGGGAUGCAGAUCUAUGAGGUCUUCCUCAUGGUUGUCUUCUUCUCCCUCGGCCGAGGAGGUCAUGGGGCCUAUGGAGAGGCCCAACCGCCGGCGGUGGAGAGACAUUGGCAGCCCUCAGCCGCUGGUUGGAGCUUUCUACAGAGGAAACGAGGUGAGGAACCACCUUCCUACCUGAAGUGGGUGGCUUUUGAGGGCAAGCUGCCCGCCGACGCCGUCUCCAACUGGAAUGGCUACGCCAAGAGGACGGAGUACGUCUGCUCCACGCAAGUGCUGGGCUGCAACACCGGCGCCUACGUCCCUGACCGAGGUCCCUUCUGCUUCUUCCCAUACGGUGGACAGGAGCGGAGCACCCACGACUUCAAGGUGUUGGUCAACGUGGGAGACUUCGAGGCGCUGGAUUGGGUGGACAAAUCCUUCGGCAGCGUGCCCGAAAACGCUGUGGAGGGUUGUCCGUUCGUUGACAUCUUCGUUGGGAGGAACCGCUACGGCUUGGGCAAGGUCUUCAAAGGGCAGAGGGCUCUUUUUGUGGCGGUAGAUGGUGAGGAGGUUUGGUACAAGUGGUACCAAGUUUUGGUGGUCAAGAAGGGCCCAGCGAAUGUCACCAUCUCCGACGUGCGCUACAACGUGAGCGGGGCGGUGGAGCACAGGGAGGACGUCACCCUGACGAAGACCACGGUGAGGAACGAGGGCUGCCGUAGGACCCACAAAGCCGUCACCUUGGAGGAGGUCACCGAGAUGGAACACGACUGGGAGAUGGACCAGAGGGUCUUCGCCACCAUCCGCGGGGUGUUGCAAGCUGCCCUCUUGGUCUUCAACGGGACGGGUUGGGAGGUCACCAACGUCACCGACGUCCCCUGGGUGGGGGGAGCCAGCACCAGCAAGUAUAUUGUCCACACCCACGUGGUGGAGGAGGAGGUGCAGCCCCGGAUGGCGUGCACGGUGGCCCUGGAGGGACAUCGGUUGGACGUCCACAUCCCCUUCACUGCCCAACUCACUCGUGAUUUUGGCGACGGUCAACUGCACCACGUGGCCGUGACGGGGUGGGCUCGCAGCCAGGCGGUGUGGGGCGUCCGGGCCAGCGUCAAGGAGUGUUGGGCCAUCACCGACGUCCCACCAUGCCGGGGGUAG